AUGCGCGCGACAUCGUUCCUGUCGGCGCUCUUCGCGGUGACCCUCGCCGCCGCAGCUGAGGCGCGCCUCGCCAAGAUCUACGUCGAGCCAGUCUCUCUCGCCGCGAGCAAGUCGCCCUCCUUCCUCGCCGAGGUCGAAUACGACGCAAAGCAACCCGCCGAGGCGACCGUCUCGUCUUUCGAGUUUCCCGAGCUGCCCGAGGACGGCGCGAAGCUCGUGCGCGUAGGCGUCUACGAUACCGCGACGAAGCAAUGGACGUCCUCCGUGUCGGUGGCCUCGACGGAGAACUUUGCCAAGGGUUACCAGCCCAACAUCCUCCUGAGCGUGGACGCUGAGGGCAACGUGGUUGGAGCGGGCUUGAAGGGCGUCAGGAUCGAUGCGGGCGCGACGAGGGACUUCGGGCCGCAGGCUGUUGUUCGGGUUACGGGACAGGGCAAGACACCGGAGCUGAAUAAGCCUGUUGUACUGAGUCCUGAGGGAAGGAAGGUCGUCCAAGAGGAGAAGACCCUCUUCCAAAAGUACUGGUGGCUGAUUGCGAUCGUUGUCCUCAUGACGGUCACGGGCGGCGGCGAUGGAAAAUAG